CAGGGAAAACUGCGGAAGUUGUAGCCAAAUGACUUUUUUUGCGGCUAAUCUGAGGUGAAGGGCUAACACUUUGAUGUACCUUUAAAAAAAGAAGGGACAAAUUAUAGUUGAAGUAAAGAGGGGCCCAUUAAACACGCCAAUAUUUAUUGCGUUGACGUUCGGCGGUGCGGAAAUUGUAACGUGACAGGAAAAUUUUCGUGACCAUUUACAGCGAUGAGCGAUCCGUGGCGUGAGUGUAUGGAGCACUGCGUGGAGGUGGCCACGCAAGCCGGCAAGGUCAUCCGCGAGGCCCUCAAGGGCGAAAUCGCCGUCACGCACAAAAGCUCACAAGUGGACCUGGUGACCGAGACGGACCAGCGGGUGGAGCGGCAAAUUAUAUCCGCCGUCAAGGCAAAGUUCCCCACGCACAGCUUCAUCGGCGAGGAGUCGGCGGCGGCGGCGGCGGGGGCCCCGAGCGUCCUGACCGACGACCCCACUUGGAUCAUCGACCCCAUCGACGGCACCACCAACUUCGUCCACGGGUUCCCUUUUGUGUGCGUAUCCAUCGGCUUCACCGUGAAGAAACAGAUAGAAUUCGGCGUGGUGUACAGUUGCAUCGAGGACAAAAUGUACACGGCGCGCAGAGGCCGGGGCGCCUUCUGCAACGGGGUCCCCAUCAAGGUCUCCGGGCGGGAAGAUCUCAGCCAGUGCCUGGUGCUGACCGAGGUGGGCUUCGAAAAGGAGCCGCGGCGGUUGGACGCCAUGAUGGCGGACCUCAGGAGGAUCUUGACCAUCCCCGUGCACGGAAUCCGCUCGCCGGGCAGCGCCGCCGUCAACAUGUGCCUGGUGGCGAGCGGCGCGGCCGACGCGUACUACCACGCGGGCAUCCACUGCUGGGACAUGGCCGGCGGGGCGGCGGUGGUCACGGAGGCCGGCGGAGUCGUCGCUGACAUAACAGGUGGGCCAUUCGAUUUGAUGUCCCGCCGUCUGAUCGCGGCCAGCAGCAAAACGGUGGCCGAGCGCCUUCGCCGGGCACAUCACGCACGUCCACGUUGGCAGGGACGACGCAGAUGGCUCGUAAACAGGAAGAACACCAAAAAAAAAAAAAAUAACGCUUUCCCGCGCCUAACGAGUCCAAAGUUUGGCGUCGGAGGCGAAACGCGGCGCGUACACCCCGAGGAGUUAGGCCCGCCGAGCAGCCUCUUAUUAAGCAUCGUGACGUCGCAUUUGCAUCGGGCGGCGCGCCACGACUCGGCGCCGGCCGUCUCCCGCACCUUCCGAAGGUCAAGAAAAACGCAGCAGGCGAUGGGGGACCCCUGGCAGAGGGCGUACGACUUCGCCGUCAAAGUGGCGAGGAAAGCCGGCGAGGAAAUUAGGAAAGCCGGCGAGAGCGAAAUCAGGGUGAUGACCAAAAGCUCCACCGUGGACCUCGUCACCAAGACGGACGAGCGGGUGGAGAAGAUCAUCAUCCACUCGCUCAAAGAGGAGUUUGGCGCCGACACUUACAGCUUCAUCGGCGAGGAGUCGGUGGCGAACGGCAAACCGUGCAUCCUGACCGACAAACCCACGUGGAUCAUCGACCCGGUGGACGGGACCACCAACUUUGUCCACGGGUUCCCGUUCGUGGCCGUGUCCAUCGCUUUUGCGGUUAAAAAGGAGCUGGAGUUCGGCGUGGUGUACAGCUGCUUGGAGGACAAGAUGUACAAAGCCAGGAGAGGGAAAGGCGCUUUCUGCGACGACGAGCCCAUCCAGGUGUCGGACGUGAAAGACGUCCACAAGUCCCUCAUCAUCUCCGAGCACGGGACGGACAGGAACCCGGAGAAGGUCGCCAAGAUCUUCUCCACCAUGCAAAAGAUCCUCCGCAUCCCCGUGCACGGGCUGCGCGGCUCGGGCACCGCCGCCACCAACAUGUGCCUGGUGGCGUGCGGGGCGGUGGAGGCCUUCUUCGAGAUCGGGAUCCACUGCUGGGACAUCGCGGCGGGGGCGGUGAUCGUGACAGAAGCCGGCGGGAUUCUGCUGGACGUGGACGGGGGGCCCUUCGACUUGAUGUCCCGGAGAAUGUUGUCGGCAAACAACGACGUCAUCGCCACACGGAUCAUCAAGGAAAUCGAAUUAUUCCCCGUGGAGAGAGACGACGUCGAGCUCAACGAGAAGUGAGAGGAUCCUCGGGCGCCUUGCUUUUAUUUUAUUUUAUUUUUUUUUUUUUUUACAAACAGACAAAUACGCACGUAUCAUCUACAUUUACUCACAAUAAAGCAAUUACGCUGCAAACCACCA